GAAGCCGUCAAUUUGUUAAAACGUCGUCACCAUAUGACAUACAAUAAUAAUAACCUAUAAACUUAAUUAAUUAAAGUUUAAAAAUUAUUGAAUAAAACUGUUUAUUCCAUGUGAAUUUACAUCUUAAAAUAUGAAAGUGUCUGUGGACCAAGUAUACACAUCAGUUGCCUGCAAUCGCAUACCAGAAAUAGUUGAUUGGAACAACGAAGGAAUUAUUUGUUUUGGUGCAACAAAUGCUGUUGUUAUUUACGAUACAACUGUAAAAGGCAAAGAUCCUCUCACUACACUCUGCCAUCAUCGAUCCAUAGUGAACUCAGUUAAGUGGAUCCAUAAAGUUAAUGGUUCAUGUACAGAACUGGUAUCAUGUUCUGCUGAUAAGACUGGUGCCAUAUGGAGUUUAGAAGAUGGAGUGUGGAAGGUGACAAGCACACUCACAGGCCAUACAGAUGGUGUUACUUGUGUUUCUGCUGUUUACACAAGAGAGAAUGACUUAGUAGUAUAUACUGCAUCUAUAGAUUCCACUAUCAGAGUAUGGGAGAGGUGUAAUGGCACUACAACACACAGACAAACAAUAGACCUACACUCUGGUCUAUGCCUCACAUUGCAUGCUCAUCUACUGCCGGUAGUGAACAAACCGGUACUGUUCAGUGCACUGGACGAUCACAAGAUACAUAUAUUCGCUGGUGAUGACUAUCACAGAGUACACACACUUGUUGGACACGAAGAUUGGGUGAGGGGAUUAGAUGUUUUGGAUAUUGAUAAUUCCACAAUAUUAUUGGCAUCCGCCUCCCAAGACACGUACAUCAGACUGUGGCGAAUCCAGCAUCAUGUCGAAGAGCCCACAACAGGCGGAAUUCGAGUUGAACAGAAACUGUUCGUGGCUCAUGAAACCAACUGGUCGGUGAAGCUGGAUGCAGUGCUGGCGGGACACGAGGGAUGGGUGUACGGAGUGCAGUGGCAUCCAUGUAGAUCUGAUAAAGAUACAAACAAAAGAUUGCCAGUGUUCAGACUUCUGUCCUCAUCUCUGGAUAAAACACUUAUAGUGUGGGAGCCAGACUCAUCCCCUACACGUGGUGAGGGAGAGGGCGCGUGGGUGGAAAGGAUACGGGUGGGCGAAGUGGGUGGGAAUGGUCUAGGGUUCUAUGGCAGCAGGUUCGGACCCAAUGGGAAAUCAUUCAUGGGACAUGGGUACAAUGGAUCAUUCCAUAUUUGGUCAGUCUGUGAGGAGACAGGCCAGUGGGAGCCUCAGGUGGUAUGCGGCGGCCACUUCGGAGGAGUACAAGCCGUGCGGUGGGAGGCACGCGGCCGCUACCUGACCAGCGCCGCCGCCGACCAGACCACGCGCCUGCAUGCACCUUGGCUGCUGCCUAAUGGUCAAGGUACAGAAUGGCAUGAAAUCGGCCGUCCCCAAGUGCACGGGUACGAUAUGGCGGGCCUGGCAAUAGUAUCCAGCACUGUGUACGCAUCAGCGGCCGAGGAGAAGGUGAUCAGGGUGUUUCGCGCGCCGCACAACUUCCUGCAGAACUUUAAAAAUAUCGUGGGAGAAGAGCUGGAUGGUGACACGGAAGGCCCAGAGGGCGCGUCGGUGCCGUCACUGGGCCUCUCCAACAAGGCGGUGUUCAACGACACCGAGCAGGCAGAGGACGACGGGUACUUCGUGCCUGUUGACCUGAAAGCGCCACCUACAGAGGAGACGCUGCAGCAGAACACGCUGUGGCCGGAGACGCACAAGCUGUACGGGCACGGUUACGAGGUGUACGCGCUGGCCGCCACCACCACCAGCCCCGGGCUGCUUGCCUCCGCCUGCCGCGCCACCACCGCCGAGCACGCCGCCGUACUCAUUUGGGAGACAAGCAACUGGCAGCAAAUACAGAAGCUCGUCUCGCAUCAGCUCACGGUCACGCAGCUCGAGUUCUCGCCAGACGGCCUCCGCCUACUGUCAGUAUCGCGCGACCGUCGCUGGACCUUAUACCAGAGGCAGGAAGGUUCGAAGUGGUUUGACACGGUCGCCACUACCGACAAGAGUAACGGAGUCCACGCGAGGAUCAUAUGGUGCUGUGCGUGGGCGCACGACGGCCGCGUGUUCGGUACUGGCUCCAGGGACGGGAAGGUGUGCGUGUGGUCGAAAACGGAAUGUCAGCCGAAUCCACAGUCGUCCCUCGGGCAGUACGCGCUCCAUGGCAAGCCUCUCGAACUGGCCAACACAUCAGUAACGGCUCUAGCAUUUGCACCGACGCUACUCGGUGACGCUAGAGUGGUCGCCACCGGGUUCGAAUCCGGCGUCGUGAGAUUGUACAGUUUUCAAACUGACGGAUGGAGUUUAUUGUACGAAUUGAAUAACAGCGCGGCUCACCAUCUCACAGUGAAGCAGUUGGCAUUCCGCCCACGACACGAGGACGGCGACGACAAGCGGCUACUGUUAGCGAGCUGUGGCAGCGACCAUCUCGUCCGGAUACACAGCGUUGCGAUAUCUUGACCGCAAUAAACAUGUUGAUGUCCA